UGGAGAAGUUGCCAAUGUCAUCUUUGACUCGCGGCAAGUAGCCUCACUCAGUGCCAAACCGAUCCGGAUUCCGGGGGAUAGAGAGAGAGAGAGAGAGAGAGGGUGAGAGUUUCAACCUGUUGGCCGUUGCAGACUUCUGUAUACGCGAGUGAGUUGAAACCACAUCAACUCCCCCCCCCCCCCCCAAAGGGCACCAUGACAGUAGCAGCAGGCAUAGGUUAUGCGUUGCUAGCCCUUGGACCUUCUCUCUCGCUGUUCGUCGUUGUAAUCGCCAAGAAACCUUUCUUGAUUCUCACUGUCCUGUCAAGUACAUUGUUAUGGUUAGUGAGCUUGAUUGUUCUUUCGGGAGUGUGGAGGGCAUUUCUUCCCCUGAAAUCGACAACCUGGUGGCCAUAUGGAAUUCUUAUCAUCACAUCCGUUGGUUUUCAGGAAGGUCUUAGGAUUUUAUUCUGGAAGGUUUACAAGAGGUUGGAAGAUAUCUUGGAUGCUUUUGCUGAUAGAAUUUCAAAACCUCGCCUUUAUUUGAUGGAUAAGAUGCAAAUUGCCCUUGCUGGAGGUCUGGGUCAUGGUGUGGCCCAUGCUGUCUUUUUCUGUCUUAGCCUCUUAACGCCUGCUUUUGGUCCAGCAACCUUUUAUGCUGAUCGGUGCUCAAAAAUACCUUUCUUCCUUGUUUCUGCACUUAUUUCUCUUGGGUUUGGUACCAUCCAUACCUUCUCAAUGGUCAUAGCAUUCAAUGGAUAUGCAGAAGGCAAUAAAACAGAUCAAAUAUUUGUUCCUGUCAUUCAUCUAAUUGCUGGAAUUGUGAUCAUUUACCCUCAAGUUGCAAGGGGUGGUCGAGAAGUGUCCGUAAGUAGGAAAAUGACCGGGACUGUGGGAGCAAUGAGAGAGAAGAAAGCGUUGACUCUUUAGUUGCUUUGGUUUCUGUUGUGCCUGUACUUGGAAUACUUUCCAUCAUGUUCAUCUCGUUUAGCCACGUGGGCUGAUAGGCCAACCUGUCAAAUUUAGUGGCCUUCCUUAAUAUUAAGGCAUAUCGUUUAUAGGUAUUGGGUUAACUGUCAGUGUUGAGCUCUCUUAUAAUUCUCAAAAAAAUUUAACUUCUAUCAUGAUUCAUUAGAAUGCCAUAAUUAUGUGACAGUUGCAGUUAUUAUUAUUAUUAUUAUUUUUUUUGUAAGAUAAAUAGUUACAGUUAGACAUCAUAUCAACGAGGAUAUCGAAGAUCAUCGAAGACCAGUCCUGAAUGGUGGGUUGUAGAAGGUCAACAACUUUACUGUCUA